GCUAGCCUUUCAGUUUAUUCCGAACCAGCAGUAGUUGCGGUGAGUGCUCAGCUGAGUUGAUAGCGCGAUCGUCGUCCUCGUCUACGGAGAACAAGGCCGGUAGUGGUCUGUACGACAGGGAGCCAAAAGCAGGACAAUAAGAAAUAUACAGUGGUGAUCAGCGGGAGAUAAGGAACUCCCCGUUCAGGUGUAUUGGUGUGUGAUAAGAAACCAUCUUCGGUUUGUUUGGACUGAGUUUUUGAACUGUGAUCAACAUUAUCGAUCUCUAGGGAUCAAGUGAAACUGUCCGAUUGUGGACACGGUGAUAACGGACAGCUGUGAUUUCGAUAUUGAUUGUGAUUGACAUUCUGAGUGAUUCUUUAAGUGAAGUAUCGGUUUGAGUCAAGCGAAUUAGAGGAUCGGUACUCGGUGAAUUGGAUGGUGAAAUUGGAACGGUACGAGAGAAGCGCUAUCUCCAGAGACGUGCCACAGGAAGGACAUUUACUGGUAGCGGAGCUGCUGCAGAGGCAGCUUGUUAACCGGCAAGAUUCUUACGAUCUAGCGAACUUACUAUUCGAUCAGUGUGGAGAGUGCAACAAAAUGGCUUGCCUUCCCCAAUCGGCCUUCGCAGUGCACAAACUGCGCAAACCACAGAAUGAGAAGGACCUCGCUGUGGCACGGCUCAGCACCGAAAAGCAGGACUCACCGCGCUACACGAACAACACGCUUGACCUCACGCCGGUCAAGUACAGCGAUAAGCUGAUGAACAGCAUCUGGGGCCUCUACAAUCGCUACUCGCCGCACAACUUCAAGAAGAACAACGGCUCCAACGAGCAGUACUUCGGCAUGCAGCAGCCUUUCGCUGUUGCAUGCGCCGCUUCGGAGAUAGCCAACUCUGAAGCCAAGUACCGCCCGAAUAAGAAGUGAAGUGUGAUCGAUCCCAGACGAGUGGAGCCUACGUAUACGGAGAUCCACGGAAUGGAGUAGUCACAACUGGAGGAACUUAUUGGGCCGUUAGUUUUUGUUAGAUGUAGAUUGUAGUGAUAAAAAUUUGCUCGUUUGGAUUAGGGUUUCAAAAUUGACUAACAAAUUUAGUGUUAAUUGGGAUUAAUAGGCAUCUACUUUUGACUGAAUAAAGUGUUCAAAUUUAUGAAUUUGAUUAGGAUAACUAUUGGACAAGUAUAA